UUGAUGUUUCUACAUUUUAUAUAAAAAUGAAUUUAAAAUUUUAUUUUAGUGUUUCAAUUUUGUGGAGUUUGGAAAAUGUUUUAACGUCUUAUUAUAAUUAUACUGAGCUCAAAUUAUACUUAGUUGAAGUAGUAAAACACAUUAUAUAUCAUGAUCAAAUUCAAGAGAAAUCAGAUUCAUGGGAUAAUUUAAAUACAACCGACGACUCUACAAAUUUAUUAAACAAAUCAUUUGAGGAAAAUAUUAAUGAUCUUAAUAUUACACAUCAACUAUUUAGUUACAUAUUAUUUUCAAUUAACAAUAGAUAUACUAAAUUUUUAAAAGUUUAUAAUAGUUAUAUAACGAUAAUGAUAAGUGAAUGUGAAAAUUAUUACAAUAAUAAAUUAUUCAACAAAUUUAUUGAAUGCACUAAAUUAAUUCAUGGUGUUGUUUUUGAUUCAAAUGGUAUGUUUCAAACUUUAUAUGACAAUUUGACAUUUAUCAAUAGCUUGGAAUUAAAUACUAUAGAUUCUGAAUACGUAACGCCAUAUACUAUAAUUAAUGAAAUUCGUUAUGUUUAUAAUUACACUUCAUUAAAAACAAAAUGUAAAUUUAAAAAUAACAUACAUAAACGUAUGUUUAUGUAUACAAAAUUAAAUGGAGAUUUUGAUACGGAGAAUGCCUGCAAGGAUCUUUUAAAUAUCAAACAAUUCCAUACUACAGUAAAUAAUAUGCUUAGUAAUCUUCCACUUUUAGAUACAAACAGCCAUAUAACUAGUAAUUUUAUUCAUAAAUAUUUGCUAGAAAAGUAUAACGAGAAAUUCAUAUUACAGCAAGAAAUAGACAAAUGUUUUAUGAAUUUUAUUUAUGAUCAUCACAUGACAUUCUGUAAAGAAACUAUUAAAAAUGAGAAUGAAAAAUUUGGGUUUCAAGAAUUAUUAAAUCAAACUUUACCUGGGGUAGAGAUAAAAUACAAUGUACAUCCUUAAAAAUGUUAUUUUAAUAGGCACCUUUGGACCGAUUUUUUGAAUCGUACCACCAUUGAUACUUCAAAAUACUGAACUUAAGAUUGCUGCACUAAACAAAUUAUUUUCAAAACGUCAUUUUAUGGAGCCUUUUAAGAAUAUUAAAAUUAUCAUAAAAAAUCGUGAAAAAAUAGACGCGAGUAUAUUAUUUCAAAAUGAAGUGAACUCCGAAAACUUAAACCAAAUAGAAAAAUAUUUUGAACAAUUUAUAAGGUGUAGGUAUACCGAAAUACUUAAGAACUAUGAAUGUUUAUUGUCCACCAUAAUCAAAUUUUGUAGAAAUGAAGAAUUUAAAGGUACUAUUAACAUAUAUUAUAAACAGUCAGUAGAAUGCAUAAAUCAACUGCGCAAUUCAGUAUCGUUGUCUGUUAAUAUGCUAAAAUCUUUAUUAUCUGCUUUGUCAAUACUAAAAAAAUUAUAUAUUUGGGAGUAUUCUAAAAAUGCACACAAUAGCCUGCAUAUAACAGCUACUAUUUUAACGGAAUUAUUUUAUUAUUUGAAAUAUCUAAAUAUUGGUCCGAAUGAAAUUACAAAGACGAUGAAUGAAGUAGAAGCAAAAAUAUAUCUUAACGAAUUAUCUGAGUUCCAUGAGAAAUUCCAAAGUGGUUUAAAAAAUGAAAUGAAUCGUACCAAAAAAUUUCGUUGUGAAUUUUUAGAGAAAUAUAGAAAUACUGCGUCAUUGAGAAUUCAUUUUAAUAAUCUGAAGGAAUCAAUUAAAUAUGAUGGUCCAGUUUAUGAACUUAUUUGCUCAUAUUUAAAAACAUUUUGUAAUCAAAUUAUCAACACUGAUUACGAAAAUCUAGGGUUCAAAGAUUUAAUAUAAGUUUUUUUACAAAAUUUUUUUUUUGUAAUAAUUUAUAUUUAACUUAUAAUAAAUAUUAUCGUGUUAAUGAUGUAUGGCUAAAUAAAUUACUAUUAUUCAUCUCUUUUUUAAUACUCAUGAAGAUUUUAAAGUCUUUUUCUAAAUAUAAGUUACUAAUUGUAAUAAUCAAAAAUAAGACGGAAUUAUUAAGUGAGAGAUAUAGAUAUUAAGAGUACAGUUCAUAAACCCACACAGCAAUGAAAUAUUACUAGAUUAUUUCUUUUUGAAAUUAAAAUAUUUCUAGAAUAUAAUUAGAGUAUUUUUAAAUAUUCUCCCAUUAUUAUUAUAUGAAUAU